CGUUUUUGCAUUUUCGACUUCAACUGGGGAACGCCAUUUUGCAUGUGCCGCAAAGUGAAAUUGGCCGAGUGAAAAUGUUUUUGUAGAGCAACAAAUCGGUAUCGAAAGUGGCCUAAGUGGUGCGAUCGUGCUUGGCAGGUUUAUUCCGUUUGCGGAGGAGUUGGAAAGUUGCGGGUUCUGCCGUUACUAGUUCAGUAUUGCGAGAUUGAAAAUUGGGCGACCCAUCGAUCGGGUAGAGAAUCAAUUCUGGUGGUGUUUCAGUGGUCUGCUCUGUAGGAUUGUACGAUAAUCUAGAAAGCUGCACUUAAUUUGCAUUUGUUCAGGAAGAACUUUUAAAAAGUACCGGCUUUCAUGAUGAUGUUCACAGGUACAAACCAGCAGCAGGAUACGCGCUUCAGCGAUAAGGAGAAGAAGUUGUUGAAACAGAUGAAGUUCGGAGAUAACCUAAACAAACGCGUUGAUAUGUCCAAGGUUAAACUGGAUGUCCUUCGACCUUGGAUAAGUAAGAAAAUAACUGAUAUGCUCAAUAUCGAGGACGAUGUCAUAGUGGAGUUUGUCUACAAUCAGCUGGAAGAGGAAAAGUAUCCUUGCCCGAAGAAAAUGCAAAUCAAUUUGACCGGGUUCCUGAACGGAAAAAAUGCGCGUGUAUUCAUGGAAGACCUCUGGGCUUUGCUUCUAUCGGCUCAAGAGUCGGAUACCGGAAUACCGCUAGAGUUUAUAGAGCAAAAAAAAGAGGAGAUUAUGAAGCGCGAAGAGGACUCCAAAUAUUUGGAAGACAAUAGUCGAUCCAGAAGGUCACGCAGCCGGGGUAGUCGCGAAAGGGACGAACAUAAGAAAUCCAAGAAAGAAAUGCGCCCGAUGUACAAACCGGAACCGGAAGAAUAUUUAGAUGACGAGGAAAAAAUGAUUGAAGACUUCAUCGAAGCUGACGUUCCUAUAUCCAAAGAUAAAGAACCGAAGAAACCGAUCGAGGAAGAAAAGCCCCCUGCGGUGAAAGAAUCAACAGAACUAGCAGAACGGAACUCCUUCAACAAAAAAUCGCCUGAAAAAUCGACAAAGGAUUCCAACAGCCAUAGCAAGGUCUCGGACGGACCUUCCGAUCGGAACUCGCGUCGGAAAUCGUCUCGUGAACGCAGCCGCUCACGUGAUCGUAGACGAUCGCGCGAUCGACGCUCUUCGCGAGAUCGGAAAUCUUCCAGAGAACGUCGACGGUCGAGAUCUCCUCGUCGAUCCCCCGAUAGAUCCAAAAAGCGGAACAGCCGUUCGCCGAGAGACAAACGUGAACGAGAUGGUGGAAGAAACCGUAAUGAACGGAAACGAUCUCGUAGCGCAUCGAGGCCCAAGAAACAGGAAACAAACGAAAAGAAUUCGGACAACGGUUCAAUUUCAAAAUUGCAAUCGAAAUUAAUAAAUAUGGCCGAGGGUAAGAAAAUAUCGCCUGCCCCAAACAAACAUCGCCGAAGCCGAUCAACAUCACGUUCCCGUUCGCGAUCGCCAGCAACAAAAAAACGUAGCCCGAGCCGUUCACGAUCACGAUCGAAAUCGCGUUCAAGAUCAAAGGCUCGAAAGGACCGCAAAUCUCGCUCAAAGUCCCGUCAUUCGCGGAGCUCGGUCUCAUCUCGCUCGUCUUCUAGCGACCAUAGCAGGGAUCGCAAGAAAAAGACCGGUGGUCCAGCAGGUGGCAAAAAGCGAAAUGGUAAAAGUCGCAGCCGGAGCCGCAGUCGAAGCAGAAGUCGCCGUGACACGUCAAGAUCCCGGAGCCGUUCACGCAGCAGCCGAUCAUCAUCACGCCCUCCCAAGAAAGAAGACUUUGAGAUCCAGAAGAAAGAGAACAGUGUGCAGAAAAAACGCCAUUACCGAUCGAAUAAGGAUUCAUCCGAUUCCGAUUCGGACCGUGGAGGUCGCGGAGGGCCAGCCCGGAAAGGUCGUGGAAGAGAGCGACGUUCGCCUUCCCGUGGCCGAAGAAACGGAUCGCGUGGUCGCAAGGAUCGUUCACGAUCCCGCAAUCGUUCCCGAUCUAGGUAUCGUUCGCGUUCGAAGAAUCGUUCUCGCUCAAGGAAUCGCUCCCGGUCACCUAGACGAUGGUCCCGCUCCCCCAAGGGCGGACGAGGUCGCAAUAACCGCGAUGCAAAACCAAGCGUCAAAAGAGCUUCGAGUCGACGCCGCUCUCCGCCACGCGCGGCUCGUGGCCGAAGCCCGGAACGGGCAUCCCGAGAUAAUAGUUCGUCUAUCCGCCGGCCUUCUCGUGAACGUGACAGAUCUGAAAGAGACCGUGGUGAACGUGAUCGCGGCGAACGUCCGCCUACGGGUCAAACUUCCUGGCGUCGUUCGGAUGAUCAACAACAACAACAGCAGCAGCAGCAACAACAGACUGUGAACCGUGGUCAAAUGGGUCCUCCGCAGACUAGGUUCGAUGAUCGGCGUCAAAACAACAAUAACCGUGCGGGUCCAGGAGGUCGUGAUGGUAGUCGCGAAAAACCAGAAGUAGAUAGGAGAAGACCUCCACAAGGAAUGCAACGUGGCAAUAAUUGGGACGACAGAUCGAGAUUGGAAAGUGGUGGAAAUACUUUGGAUUCAGGCGAACUAUGGGAUGAAGGAGGAAGUGCACCUGUAGUUUCCGAAUCUAAAGUAGUCAAGGAGAAAAAGGCGGACGUUGUUGUGGAGGAGACUAAGAAAGUUUCCAAACGGCAGGAACUUGUCAAGAAACCGGAACCGACUACCAAGAUCGAACCUGUUAAAAUUGAAGAAAAGAAACCUAUAAUUCGAUCUAGGUAUAGUAGCAGUCUUUCAAGAACUCCGUCACCGUUCCUCAAGCCACACGAACGUGCUGCUGCGGCUGCUUCCCUGACCGUUGUCGUACACAACGCAGCUGUGGUUCCGAAAGUUCAGGAUCCAAAAGAAGAUAAACACUCUUUGAAGGCAAAUCAAGUAGUAGCGGCCCAUAACAAAACAAAGUCCAAAGUCACUAGUAGCAAAAAAGAAUCAACCGAGAGCGACAGCUCUGAUAGUAGCAGUGAUUCUGAGGAAGAGGAAAAAGUUUCUCGCAAAAAGAAGUUGAAAAAGAAGCCAUCGAAAAAGAGAAAACAGUCUUCUUCUUCUAGCGAUGAUGAUUCAUCUGACGAUAGCGACAAGGAAGAUGCACCUAAAAAGUCCUCUAAGCAACAGGAUGCUGCAGCAGCUAUUCUCGAGGAACGCAAAAGAAGUCAUGCACUUAAGUUGGAAAAAGAAAAGGAAGCUGCGGCGGCCGCCGCUGCUGCUGCUGCCGCCGCAACCGCUGCAGCUGCAGCUGCUGCCGCUGCAAAUGCUGCGAAAGCUAGAGAAGAAAAUUUGAAGAAACGCAAAAGAACCGUAAGCUCUGAAUCGAAAACUGUCGAGGAAAAGAAAAAUUCCACCAAGGAACUCAAAGUCAAGAAAAUUGAAAAACCCUCUUCAUCCUCGUCCAGUGAUUCCGAUACUGAAAGAUCGAAGAAGAAACGGCGCAAGGACAAAAAGAAACGAGAUGUAUCGGAUGAUAGUUCUUCUGAUUCCGACAGUUUGAAGAAGAAGAAGCAUAAGAAACACAAGAAGCAUGCCAAGAAACAUAAGAAACACAAAAAGCACAAGAAAAACAAGAGCAAGCAGCGAGACAGCAGCUCUUCCUCGGACGACGACGACGAUCAUCGAGGACCACCUGUUAAUGAUGAUCUGGAGAAACAGCUGCGGGAACGUGCCCUAAAGUCAAUGAAGAAACAGCAAAGUAAUUCCGAAUGAGACCGGCCUCAACGGUUGUGGAAGGACAGGACCGUUGGUAAGCUAAAGUUUUAUCAUAAAUAAUUGCUUAGAUUUUAGAUGAUCACAUAUUGUAGGACAGUUUGAAUUUGCUUUUGAUGUACGGUUACAAUUUUUUUUGUAACGUUUAAAAAAUAUAAAAUAGACCGAUAGGUUUCUAACCGACCUUAAAUAACAUAUUUUAUAAAAUAUUGUCAUUGAGUGUGCUUAAUAUGUACUGUUUAGCAUAUGGCAGAGUUAUUCGAUGGCAAUGUCUGAUUCUUUCUGUUUACCAUUUUUGUCAGUCCCUAGUUCCUUCUAUGAUUUCGAUAAGACUUUUGAACAGUAUAAGUUGAUCAUUUCAUAAAAAAUUUACAACAUCAGUCAACAAGAUACUACUGGCAUAAUCAUAUUAAAAUAGACGUUUGAAAACAUAUUUCGAAUUUGGAUACGCAAUUAUGUAAAAAAACAUAAAAAACACUAUCAGUAUAAAAUUAAUCAAAUAAAUAUUAAUCUCAAGA